AUGGUUGAUAAAAGUGAAAUUCAAGAGCCAACUCCUAUUGAAGGGCAUAAAGUUGCAAAGUUCCUACAAAAAAUAAGUGGCCAACCUUCAUCCUACAUUAAUAAAGAAGAUUAUAUUUUUGGUAAGACUCUAGGUGCAGGUUCGUUCGGUGUAGUGAGACAAGCUAGACGUAUAUCAACAGGAGAAGAUGUUGCUGUCAAAAUCUUAUUGAAGAAAGCUUUGCAAGGCAAUGAAGUUCAUUUACAAAUGCUAUAUGAUGAAUUAUCAAUAUUACAAAGAUUACACCAUCCACAUAUUGUUGCAUUCAAGGAUUGGUUUGAAUCUAAAGAUAAAUUUUAUAUCGUUACCCAAUUAGCCACUGGUGGUGAAUUGUUUGAUAGAAUUUUAGCUAGAGGUAAGUUUACAGAAAAUGAUGCUGUUAAAAUUAUUUAUCAAUUAUUAGAUGCUGUUAAAUAUAUUCAUUCGCAAAAUGUCGUCCAUAGAGAUUUGAAGCCUGAGAAUAUAUUAUAUGUUAAUAACAGUGAUAAUUCUGAUUUGGUUAUCGCUGAUUUUGGUAUCGCUAAACAAUUGAAAAAUAACGAUGACAUGAUUUUUAAAGCAGCUGGUUCUUUAGGCUACGUCGCUCCAGAAGUGUUGACUGUCAAUGGCCACGGAAAGGCUUGUGACAUCUGGUCGCUAGGUGUUAUUACCUAUACACUUUUAAGUGGUUAUAGUGCGUUCAUUGCUGAAUCCGUUGAAGGUUUCUUAGAAGAAUGUACUUCAUCCACCUAUCCAGUAACUUUUCAUAGACCUUAUUGGGACAAAAUCUCUGAUGAAGCCAAAAAAUUUAUUUUAUCAGCAUUAACAAUUGAACCUGAAGAGAGACCAACUGCUGAGCAAUUAUUAUCUCAUCCAUGGAUCACAAGCACAAUGAGUCAUGACGCUGACUUAUUACCAUCUGUGCGUGAAGGAUUCGACGCACGUAAAAAAUUCCGUGAGGCUGUUGAAAUUGUUAAGUUAAACAACAGAAUCAAGAAGCUAAGAGAAACUUAUUGUGUUGGAGAUGAAACAGAAAGUGAUAUUGAAUUGAAUAGUGGACAAACAUCACUUCAAUCUUUAGUUAAUGCAACUAAUAAAUUAAACUUGUCAUCCGAUUCAAAAAGUACAAUGAGUGAGGAACAAAAGAGGAAACUAAAAUCUACUCUAACUCAGAACACAUUUGCUCAGCUUGUGGUGGCUGCGGCAAAUAAUAAGGAGAAACUUAAGCAAUACGAUAAUGAAUUAGAAAGAAAACAAUCAGAAACCCCAUAA